AUGUUCUACCAAAUAUGGGCAGCUCUAUUCUACCUCUAUGGUAUUCUCCUUAACUCCAUCUACCAGUGCCCUGAGUUCAGUCAACUGACAACUCAGGGAGUGGAUGGGAAAGAGUUCCCAGAGCCACACCUGGGCCGGUGGUACUUUAUCGCAGGGGCAGCUCCCACCAAGGAGGAAUUGGCGACUUUUGACCCUGUGGACAACAUUGUUUUCAACAUGGCUUCAGGCUCUGCCCCCACACAGCUCCAGCUUCGUGCUACCAUCCGCACGAAAAAUGGGCUCUGUGUGCCCCGGAAAUGGAUCUACCACCUGACUGAGGGGAGCACAGAUCUCAGAACUGAAGGGCGCCCAGACAUGAAGACCAAGCUCUUCUCCAGCUCAUGCCCGGGUGGAAUCAUGCUGAAAGAGUCAGGCCAGGGUUAUCAGCGCUUCCUCCUCUACAAUCGCUCACCACACCCUCCUGAGAAGUGUGUGGAGGAAUUUCAGUCCCUGACCUCCUGUUUGGACUCCAAAGCCUUCUUACUGACUCCCAGGAAUCAAGAGGCCUGUGCGCUGUCCAGUGACUGA